GGCAGUUGCUUAUUAAGUUGUACAAAGGAGAUUAGAGCCACAGCAGCAACAGCAGCCGCAGCAGCCAGCCUGUCCUCAGUCUCCCAACUGGGCUGGGCUGGGGAGGGGUCUUUGUCUCCUAUCCCCCCCCCCCCCACAAGAGAUGGUGGAUCCAAGCAGAGAGUGUUCUUAUUCAUGGAGCAGUGGGACCAAGAGACCAGGCAGGGGAGCAGAGGGCUUUUCGGUUUGGCACGCUGGCACAUGCUCAGACAUGGGAGGCAAUGCUUUCACCUGGCAAAACCUUAGAGCUCUUGCACCCAAGAACCAACCCAAGAAACACAACAACAGUAUGCUUCGAUCCCUGGCCUGGAAAUGGAGCUGCCUGCAGGGUGUUUCAAAUAAAUAGACAACAUUGGCUGAGUUGCAAAUGCUACUUUGGGGAUCUUUAUCUUAGACUGAAAAGAACCAGUGAGCGGAGGCACCAAACCAACAUAGCACGUGCCACCUGGAUGGAGACUAGGAAAGCCUUUUUGCCCCUGAAGCAUCUCAUGACGCAGCACUACCAACCAGAGCUCAGGGAAGAGAAGCCGUCGGCUGCAUCUGUGUGCUUGGUUCUGUUUUCACUGCUGUUGUUUCUGGCCUUGCCAUCCAAUGCAAACCCUGUGCCCACUCCCACAGAUGAAAGUGGGGAGAUAGUGGAGUGGCUGAUGCAAUAUGGAUACCUUCCUCCAUCUGACCCAAUAACAGGCCAGCUACAGACAUGGGAGGCAGUGACAAGUGCCAUCCGGGUCAUGCAACAUUUUGCAGGCAUUGCAGAGACUGGGAUCCCAGAUGAUGCCACACUGUCCCUGAUCCGGAUGCCUCGCUGUUCAUUGCCCGAUAUUAUCACUCCCUUCCCAGAAAAGCUUCCUUUGAGGGAAAAGGGGAGGAGGAAAAGGCAGAAAGGAAAGAAGAGUCGCAGCAGAAGGAGUGCAGGCUCUGUUUGGACUAAGAGGAACAUCUCUUGGAGGGUGAAGACCUACCCACGGGAAUCCCAUCUUAGCCGGGAAACCAUGCGGACGUUGAUGUAUUAUGCCCUGAAGGUGUGGAGUGAAGCCACACCCUUGAACUUCCAUGAGGUGGGCGGCCACACUGCGGACAUCUCGGUGGAGUUCCUCCGGCUGGACCAUCACGACGGUUACCCCUUUGAUGGCCCUGGCGGGAUGGUGGCCCAUGCCUUCUUCCCAGGAGACCCCCAGAGGGCUGGCAACGUCCACUUUGACAGCAGUGAGGAAUGGACCUUUCGGUCACCUGAUGACUUUGGAACUGACCUUUUCGCAGUGGCUGUCCAUGAGUUUGGCCACAGCCUUGGCCUGACACAUUCCCCUUCCAAGCACUCCAUCAUGCGCCCUUAUUACCAAGGCCCAGUGGGAGACCCACUGCAAUACCAGCUGCAUGUGGAUGACUGCAUGGAGAUCCAGAAUCUUUAUGGGAGCAGAAUUCUUCAUUCCACGGAGAAACCAGAAGUCACCUCUCUGCUCCCAGAUCUUCUCUCUCUGCCUCAUGAUUUUCCUGCCCUCAGAUCAGGCAGAGAAUUUCCUGAUCGCUGUGUCUCCAGUGUUGAUGCUGUGGCCCAGAUCAGAGGGGAAACUUUCUUUUUCAAAGGUCAGUACUUCUGGCGCUUGACCCAGAGCCGGCAUCUCACCUCUCUGCGCCCAGCCUUGAUCACGGGCUUCUGGCGAGGCCUCCCUCCCACCCUCCGCAAAGUGGAUGCUGCUUACGAGAGGCACACGGACCAUCGCAUCCUUUUCUUCAGUGGACCCUUGUACUGGGUUUUUAAGGACAAUGGUGUGGAAGAGGCUUACCCGCGCCCUGUCACAGACUUUGGGCUGCCACAAGGUGGUAUUGAUGGUGCUUUCCCGUGGCCUCCAGACAGAAAAACCUAUUUCUUCAAGGGAGAUCUUCACUGGAGCUAUGAUGAAGACACAGGACACAUGGAAGAAGGCUUCCCCUUCCAAAUAACACCUUGGGAACAGUUCUCCACCUCCAUAGAUGCUGUGCUCAGUGAAAAUGAUGGAACACUCUAUGUCUUUAAAGGCAAGGAGUACUGGAAGUCUGACCAGCACACCCUCCAGCCCCAGCCAGGCUACCCUCGUUCCAUAGCCAAGGACUGGCUGGACUGUCGGGGGGAACUGUACCCUUCCAGGACCAUGCCCACCAGCCCUGCUUCGAGAGCUGAACUUCACCCAGACUUGCGUGGUCCUCAGCUGGAGGUUGAGCACUGUGCGUGCUUUUGUUCGGCCUUUCAAGCACUCCCUUCAACCUUGCUUCACUGCCUGCCUGUCCUCGUCCUGGCUCUGCAUGGAUUUGCCUAGGAAAGGCAAGGACCAUCUCCUUGCUCUGUGAGCAUCAGUCAUGGUUGCCGUCAGAACAGCUGUCGCAAACUGAAAGAGGCAAAAAGCAAAACAUCCCAGUGACGUGGGAUCUGGUGAACAAGUAGGAUGUAGUUUCUUCAGGCGGGACUGUUGUGCAUGGUGGGAAAGCAUUCUUCAAUAAGUAGCACUUUGGUACAAAUGAAAUAGGGAAGGAAGGUGACCUCCUAAAUGACCUCCUAAAGGGAUCAGAAUUGUCUUGUCUUCUGGAUAUUGUUGAACUGCCACUCCUAACAUUCCUCAUCACUUGUUUUUCUUGCUGGGGCAGCAACCUUUUCGGGGAUAUAGGAUUCCACUGAGUCCCAUUCAGUAUGGCAAAUGGUAAGGAUUUUGGGAAGUUAAAAUCCACAAAGAUGUAGGAAGCCAAAGGUUAGUGAUUAUUGCUAUAUGGAACCUCUACAGCACUUUCUUUGGAAGACAACCCUUCCCAAGACACACUUUUGGAGAGUUCCCUUUGUGUGUCUCUCUUAAAAACUGGUAAUUCUGCAGCAGGGCUUUAACCGCUCAUCUCUGCUACACAGACAACUGGCAUCUGCAGCGGUCCUGCUCUUUUGGAAACCAUGAGUCACUCUAAGGAAGAGCACAACGGCAGCUUCUUUCUUGCUGUUGCUCCAUCAGUGCAGCUGUGCAAUGGUUCAGAAUUACUUGCCAGGACCUUCCUGGAUGAUUGACAAAGGCUUAUUAUGGCCCAAAGACUGUAGAGACCCUUACUGAAAAAACUGAGGGGCCUAAGGCAGAGUGAAGCAUACAAAUCCAAGAGAGAGGAAGGGAGGGAGUGUCAAUCAGCUCACCACAACUGGGCGGCUUAGAUUUCCUGUUGUGAAUGGAGAUUUUAAUGGCAAGUUGAUAUGUCUGUGACCCCCUUCAAAACAAGAAGACACAAAUGCUCUAUUUAGUGCACCCAGCAUGCCUUUCUUGACUGGAUGGGAUCCAUAACAAGGUUGUGUUUUGACAGAGUGAUGAAAUGGACCUAAAAGGCUGUGGUAAUGUUUGACAGGUAUUAAAAAUAUGCAAAGUUUCUGGUU